UGCUUCUCUCCAAAUAUCAACAGUGUACGAGAUCUAGUUAUAAACGCUAUAAUAUUGAAAGCAGGCGGUCGAUGAGGACGUAUUCGUGUUACUGACUGAGAUAUAUCUUGUUUACAUAUUCUGUCUAGUGGUUGGAUAACUAUACACCUCACAUUUUGGAUUUGAAGUCCAACUUUUUCGAUAUUUAACUUUUUUACUAGAAUAUCAAAUUUAAAUUUGUGACUAUGGAUGUCCACGGGCUCCCCGUGAGGCAUUAAAAUAUUGCUCUCAACGGUCUUCACGGGGAUUGAUAUUAUAUUUCCACUGAUCUCAUUUUGGAAUUUUUAUAACUGUUAUAUAAUUUACCAUGGAAAGCACUGUCUUGUCACCAAUAUUGAAGUCAUUUUUAGCUGGAAGUUUUAGUGGAACAUGUUCCACACUUUUAUUUCAACCACUUGAUCUGGUAAAAACAAGAAUCCAGACAUCAGUUACCCAUGGAAAUCAUGUAGGAAUGGUUCAAGUAUUUACUAAUGUGGUUAAAGAUGAGAAAUUAACUGGUCUAUGGCGAGGGGUUCUACCUUCCAUUACAAGAUGUGUACCUGGUGUUGGGAUAUAUUUCUCUACUCUUCAUUACAUGAGGACAAAAGUUGGGAGUGCAGAUCCUCAUCCUUUGGAAUCAUUGGCACUAGGUGGUACAGCUAGAUGUGUUGCUGGAGUUGCAGUUCUACCGUUUACUGUGGUUAAAACUCGCUUUGAAAGUGGUCUGUAUGCAUACAGAAGCAUGUACCAAGCCUUAGUUGGUAUUUAUACUGUUGAAGGAUUGAGAGGUUUAUAUAGUGGUUUAGCACCGACAUUAUUGAGAGAUGCCCCAUUCUCUGGCCUAUACUUGAUGUUUUACACACAAAUAAAGAAAUAUAUACCAGAAGGUCAGAAUAUGACUCCAAUAAUACACUUUCAAUGUGGUUUACUAGCUGGUAUGAUGGCGUCUAUGGUCACACAGCCUGCUGAUGUUAUUAAGACUCAUAUGCAACUUCAGCCCAAUAAAUAUUCCAGCAUUAAAUCUGCUGUUAAAUAUGUCUUUCAGUGUGAAGGCAUUGUUGGAUUUUGGAGGGGUUUGAUACCUAGAACACUUAGACGCACACUUAUAUGUGCUAUGGCUUGGACAGUUUAUGAACAAAUUAUGAAGCCUGCUGGUUUAAGUAAAUAAACAAGAAUAAACUCUGCUUUUGACCAUCUUAUGUUAUUGUUUAAGACAGAGUGUAUUGAACAUUUCCUCCGAUUUCUUGUUUCAACAUGUUGGGUAAUGGGUAAUAAUAAGACCAAUGUUGAACACAUGUUUUGGACAACAGAACUAUAGUAAUUUUCUAGAACAUUUUUCAAAAACAUUAUAAAAUAUGAUUAGGACUGAAUAUUUAAUUUCCUGAGAAUUACAGCAAGACUUUAUCUAGCAAUUCUUCAUUGAAAAGAAAAUAUGUAUUGACCAAAAAUUUGUGUUACAUAUGAUUUCCAUGGGUGUUAAAAAUAUUUGAAAAUAUUUUCAUUUUUGUUCAAAGCUGCCAUAUUUUAUAUUUAUGUUUAAUUUAAUUGUAAAUUAUGUAUAUAUUGUGUAAAUAUUUUUCUGUUAUUGUUACUUCUAUUUACAACACAAACUUUUAUUUUUUUAUGAGAAAUGCAAUGUAUUGUAAAAUGAUGAGUGCAAGAAGUAAUGCUUUUUAAUAUAGGGAAUCUCUGGUCAUAAUGUAGUAUAAUAUAUAUAUCAGUAGAGAGAAAUCCAUUUGUACAUUGUUAAUACAAGGUAGCGUGGAAGAAAAAUUGUGCUCUGUUAUAAUUUGUUGAAUUAUGCAACUUAAUAAUUCCAUUAUAUGGAAAUAAUUGUUUUCAAUGAUAUUUUUCUUUUUAUAAUAAAAGUGUUAAAUAAAUAAUUGAUAUGGGUU